UCCGGCCGGAAGAGCGCGCUCUCCUCUUGGCAGAGGAAGCCGCCGCAGACGCAGCUUGUUGACACUUUAGCGGGCGACAAUGGCGACCGAAGUGCGGCAGGAGCUCGCACAGCUGAUGAACUCCACUGGAUCCCACAAAGACCUCGCUGCCAAGUAUCGACAAAUUCUGGACAAGGCCAUUCACUUCACAGAUGCAGAUCAGCUGGAAUCCUUGAAGGCCUUUGUCGAAGCAAUGGUCAACGAAAAUGUCAGCCUUGUCAUCUCGAGACAACUACUCACCGAUUUCUGCACACACCUGCCCAGCCUGCCGGACGUCACGGCCAAGGCAGUGUAUCACUUCACCUUGGAAAAGAUUCAGCCGAGGGUCAUCUCCUUCGAGGAACAGGUAGCUUCAAUCAGACAGCACUUAGCAACUAUUUAUGAAAAGGAGGGAGACUGGAGGAACGCUGCCCAAGUUUUAGUCGGUAUUCCCCUGGAAACGGGACAAAAGCAAUACAAUGUCGACUAUAAGCUGGAUACGUACCUGAAAAUUGCCCGUCUUUACUUAGAAGAUGAUGAUCCAGUGCAGGCAGAGGCCUACAUCAACAGAGCCUCGUUGCUUCAGAAUGAGUCCUCUAACGAACAGCUGCAGAUACACUACAAGGUGUGCUAUGCAAGAGUCUUAGACUUCAGGAGGAAGUUCAUUGAAGCUGCGCAAAGGUACAACGAGCUGUCCUAUAAGUCAAUUGUACACGAGAGUGAACGUCUAGAAGCACUGAAACACGCCCUUAACUGCACCAUACUGGCCUCUGCAGGCCAGCAGCGUUCCCGUAUGUUGGCCACCCUCUUCAAGGACGAGCGCUGUCAGCAGCUGGCUGCCUACGGUAUCCUGGAGAAGAUGUAUCUGGACCGGAUCAUCAGAGGAAACCAGCUGCAGGAGUUUGCUGCCAUGCUGAUGCCUCACCAGAAGGCCACCACAGCAGACGUGGGUCUCCCCCUCUCACACUCCGUCACAGGCUCAAGCAUCCUCGACAGAGCUGUGAUUGAACACAACCUCCUGUCUGCCAGUAAACUCUACAACAACAUCACUUUUGAAGAACUAGGAGCACUGUUGGAAAUCCCUCCAGCGAAGGCCGAGAAGAUUGCUUCCCAGAUGAUCACUGAAGGACGCAUGAACGGCUUCAUCGACCAGAUAGACAGCAUCGUACACUUUGAGACCCGCGAGCCCCUUCCUACCUGGGACAAACAGAUCCAGUCUCUGUGUUUCCAAGUCAACAACCUCCUAGAAAAGAUCCGUCAGGCCGCUCCAGAGUGGGCCGCACAGGCUAUGGAAUCCCAGAUGACCCAGUGAACAUUACCACCCUACCCUACCCCCAAAAAAACAACAAAAAGAAAAAAAUUAUCCAAAUAAUGCAUUUCUCAGCCCGUCUCAAAGUUUCAACUGCCUGCUCAACAACAUCACCUCUGCUUGAUUCCCAGUAACGGACGUGGCCAUGAAGAACCUACUGGUGUCACCAUCACUGGUCUGAGAUGUCUUUCUUUUUGCUAAAUUUUCAGAGAGCGCUGUUUUAUUACCUUAACCCACAGGGAUAAUAUUUCAAUGUUAACAUUUCAGAUUUGUGUCUGGCACAGGUGAAAUGGCAGGGGGGAGGUAUUAUGCAACUUUUGACUAAGACUUUGGAUAUAGUUCCCAUGUCAUAAGAUCAUAAAAACAAGUGGCAAGAUAGAAAAGUCGGACAAUUUACGCUUUCGAAUUCAAAAAGAUUGUUUUUUAAAGUUAACAUAGUGAAAAAGCAUCUGUCAAGUCGUUUUUUUUGUGUCAUGUACAUGUCUUGGUCCACCCUUAUGAAAUUUAAGUAAAGAAAAUUAAAUUCAAA